GUGUCGGGUGGCUGCAAUCACGAAUGAGUCUCAGCCCGGGAUCGGCACCGCUGCCGAGUGGCAGCGGGCGUUGGGAGAGGGGGGCGAUCGAGCCGGGACCAGCGCCGUCACGUUUUCGCACCUCUUUCGCGCCUUCGCUGUGCCGCGCCACAUCGAUUACCUCAGCCUCAACGCCGACGGCGCCGAGGACGACCUCAUGGCCACCUUCCCGUUUGAGACGCACACCGUGUCCAUCGUCUCGGUGCAGCGCCCGUCCUCACAGCUGAUGCAGCUCUUCCGUGCACAGCAGUACGUGUACCUGUGCGACUGCGGCCUGGCCGGCAACAUGCUCUUUGCUCCGUCCAUCUCGUCGGCAACCGACAUCCGCGUCGGCAAGGCGCUCGCGUUUGGCGUUGGCACUCGCACAAAAGCGGAGCGAGCCACUCUCAUCGAGGGGCCGGCGCCGCUCUAUGCCGCCCCAACGCCCAUCGGGCAUGCCGCAGCAGGCACCGGGCGGCUCUGGCAGCUCCCCAGGUGCUCGAAGGGCGAGUGCUUCUCCAACGAGCCCUUUGUCCGCUCGACACUUCCCGCCAUGCCGCUAGCAAACGGGCGCUCGGGAGCGUGGCACAGCUCGGCGCAGCAGGACCGGGCGGUGCUGGCGCUGCUGGGCGCCAAGCGAGGCGGCUACUUCAUCGACCUCACCGCCAGCGAUCCCGUCAAGGACUCCAACACCCUCGCGCUCGAGCGCGACUACGGGUGGGGCGGGCUGUGCCUCGAGCCUCGGCCCUACUUCCAGCAGCGGCUCACUUCCACCCGCAGCUGCACGGUGGUUGGUGUCGGCGUGGCGAAAGUCGAAGGCACGGUGCCGCUGACGUUGGAGCGACCGUUCGGGGCUCGCAGCCCCUACAGUGCCCUCGAGAACGCCGUCGUCGCUGGCCGGGAAGGGGAGGUGGCUCGCGUGCUCGAACGUCUCGAGGCGGCGGACUAUGAGCGGGAGAGCACGGUGCGAGCCGUCACGUUUGCGCACCUCUUUCGCGCCUUCGCUGUGCCGCGCCACAUCGAUUACCUCACCCUCAACGCCGACGGCGCCGAGGACGACCUCAUGGCCACCUUCCCGUUUGAGACGCACACCGUGUCCAUCGUCUCGGUGCAGCGCCCGUCCUCACAGCUGAUGCAGCUCUUCCGUGCACAGCAGUACGUGUACCU